AGGGCCCCGCGCUCCCUCGCUCUCCCUGCCCACGGCCAAGGCCGCCUGAAAUGACCUGCUGGGACCCCCCGGGCGAAAGUUGCUCAGCGCGUGCGCGGAAACUGCGUUCGUGCCGGGCGCGGCUGUGCACGUGUUAAUCCCGCCUUUUGUCUUGGAACGGCCCAGCCACGCUCUCCUUCCCACCCAACGGCUCGCGCUACUAACAAAUGCUUUUUUCCUGGACUGCGUUCUUGCGGAAGAUUAGUUUCCCCCAAAUUAAUUUCCAGUUUUUCCGUUAUCUCCAUUUGCUAGAAGGUAACUAUGUCACUGUUUUUAUGAGCGCCCACAGCAAUGUAGAUGACACCAGUUCAUGCUUCCUGACGUACAAUUUAUCCCAUAAUUAAGCCUAAACCUUCACUUCUCUGUAUCUACGCCCGUCCUCUUAGUUUCAGGUACACGACCUAUGUAUUUUUAAUAGACUUAAUUCAUGAUCUUUGCCAUUUACUCCUCUUUAAUUUAUAAUUAUUUAGAAAUUUAUUAUUAUUUAUUUAGACAAACCUGGUUUUUUUUCUAAAUAAGUAAAUUCCAAGUCACAAUCUGUCAUAGUUAUCACCUAAUCUGCAACCUUCUGUCUUACUAAAAGCAGGAAAUAUUUUAGCCAACUUAAAUCCUUACAGCACAUAUUUUAGACUCCUGCUGCCAAGUAAGGACAAGUUUUAGGUGUUAUGCUGUUGCCUCAGGGAUCUUUGUCUGGAAUUUGGGGUUUUACUACCUUGACAAAUCUGACUUUUCUGAUUCAUCUGAGAAAUCAGAUUGAUUUUUUGAGUUCCCUCCUGUAAAGCUUUGCCUAGGGAGUACACCACUUAUACAAGAAUCCUGCAGAAUAAAAUGACCUUGCUUUAUUUCCUGACUGAUUUACUGGUGAAAACAGCUGGAACUUCUACUGCACAUGGAGAUUUACAUAAUGCCACACUUCUGCAGUUUCAAGUAGCUCCACAAUGAAGAGCUGCUGAAAAGCAACCGGAAAUGCUCGAAGCCGUUUUAAAAGCUUUUCAUGAGGUGAAACUUUCUGAAGCCCCAACCCUACAAUGCCUGCUGCAUAAGCUGUUUUUAUAUAUACAUUUUUUUCCAGAUUCGUAAGCUUUCCUUUUGCUUUGAUUUUCCUAGGCCAUGUCAGUGAUAGGAGACCGAAGGUCUAGAGAGCAGAAAGCAAAGCAGGAGCGAGAAAAAGAACUGGCAAAAGUCACCAUCAAGAAGGAGGAUCUGGAAUUGAUUAUGAAUGAGAUGGAGAUAUCUAGGGCGGCAGCAGAACGCAGCUUACGAGAACACAUGGGCAAUGUAGUGGAUGCGCUAAUCACCCUUACCAAUUGAGAACUCUGUGCUGGGUAUACUUCUGUGGAGAAAAUGAAAAAUAUGCCUCUUGAGGGCCUUUUUUACACAGACUGUGCACUGCAUGUCACAUUUUGAAGUUAUUAAAAUAAAGGUCACUUUUCAACUUGUUUA